UAAGAGUAGCAACCAAUAAGACCACGAGGAACAUCCACGUGUUGCUAUACGAAACCUUGUCUAGUCAAAAAGCGCAGCUGAAAAGAAAAACGAGUGUGGAGAAAUUAAAGAAGAAGAAGAAGAAUAGAUUAUCUGGUGUGUUUCGAUGGCGAUGACAGUAGCAGCUUCGUCCUCUGUGGCAGUGAUGAUUCCACGUGUUACCUCCGUCUCCGCCAGCUUCUCCGCCGUUCCUUACCUUCCUCCGCUGCCUCCUCGCUCAUUUGGCCGAUCCUCUUUCACUGUUCCGCCGAAGCUAGUUUCAGGUAAUGGUUCGCAGAAGGGUGAAUUGAUGAAGAUGAGAGCUUCUUCAUCAGAUGAGACCUCAACGUCCAUUGACACCAACGAACUCUUCACAGACUUGAAGGAAAAGUGGGAUGGUCUUGAGAACAAGUCGACUGUAAUAAUAUAUGGAGGAGGAGCCAUUGUUGCUGUUUGGUUAUCUUCCAUUGUUGUUGGUGCCAUCAACUCUGUUCCCCUGCUUCCCAAAGUUAUGGAACUUGUUGGUCUCGGCUACACAGGAUGGUUCGUCUACCGAUACCUCCUCUUCAAGUCAAGCAGAAAGGAACUGGCUGAGGAUAUUGAUUCCUUGAAGAAGAAGAUCGCUGGGACCGAAUAGAUUCUUUUUAAAAUAAUAAAAUAAACCAUCUUUAUAUCUGGAAUUUUCUUGUAAUGUGAUUAUUGUACAAUCUCCCUGUUUCAACAAUGUAUAUUGUGUAGUCUGAAACUAUUAUCUUAGAUCCACUGGCAAAGAAAUCUAUUUAAAAG